GGCGGGCGCGGGCCGCGAUGUCGCCGCCAGGCCCGGGGCGCCCCGGCGGGGCCGGGCCCGUGCUGCGCUCUGUCAACACGCGGGAGCUCUCCGAGGUCGUGUUCAACAACCACAGCCCCCGCUGCGUGCUGCCCGUCUGGCUGGACUUCGAGGGCCGGCCGCGCUGCUACCCGGUCCUGCAGCCGCGCAGCGGGCGCGUCAUGCGCAGCUACCGGGGGCACCUCUGGCUGUUCCGGGAUGCAGGGACCAAUGACGGGCUGCUCGUCAACCAGCAGGAGCUGUUCGUGGCAGCCCCCAAUGUGACCAAAGCUGACAUCACACUGCCAGUGUUCACCCUGAAGGAGAGGUGUCUGCAGGUUGUGCGCAGUCUGGUCAGCCCAGUGGACUACAGGAAACUGGACAUCGUCCAGUCCUUGUACGAAGAGCUGGAGGAUCAUCCUGACAUCUGGAAGGAUCUUCGGCGGCUUUCUCUGGAGAGGAAUGAAGCACUGAGGAACUAAACUGUGGAAUAACAGGAUUACUCACUUCAGACUCCUCGCUACAAACCACUGAGUCUGAGCGAGAGUGGCCAGGAGACACACUGAGAACUGAUGCCUCCCUUUAACGUUUUGAAACAUAAACUCAGUAACUUUGGUGACAGAACAGCACUGGGAGGCAUGCUGGGUUCUGAUGGUUCAGUUCAUUUCUUCAUUGCAGGUUUUGCAAACUGUAGGGUGAGAUCAGGGCAGCUAAAUGGAAAAUAUUCAUACAAAGUAACUUUCAUUGUGUUAGAAAGCAAAUUACACCAAGGAUUAAUUUAGCCCAGACUAAUGGUUGUAAGUGUCAUCGCUUUUGUUUGAGUCAUUUGUUUUGAGGGAAUUUCCCUUUCACACGCCUCAAUGUGCCUGCGGGUCACAGAGCAUGAGGGUUUCCAGCAGUGCCUGAGGGUCUGACAAACAUUACAUUGGUGGAAAGAUGAUGUGUAAAUGCUUGCAGGUUAUUCUGCCUCUUACCUUUCCACGUACAAAGCCAUGUCCUAUCUGCUCUAGGUCUGACAUGUUUCCACUGUCACCGUACCUCAAAUGCCUUAUUUGCCUUUGUCAUAGGAUUCUUGCCUGGCUGAUCUCAGCCACACAGACCAGACCCUCGUUUUGGAACACCCUUGUCCCCCACAGCUGCCUCCACAGCAGCCUGUACAGGGUCCACAGGAGGUAGAUGCUUUAAGUUCUGUCUUUUCCCCUCGCAGUGCUGUAGUCCAAGUUGUAGUAGGAGGCCUUUUUGGGGAGCGUGGGCCUCUCGAGCUGCCUGUGUCUUCUCAGGACCAGUGGGAGCUGUACUGGCUCACACAGCCAGCUCACAGACAGGGCCAUGCCUACUGGCAGGCUGGAGACAGAGAGAUAAUAUUUCUUUGCCUGUAUUCUGUUCCCCACAUCUCAGUGGAAUGUGCUCUGGUGUGAACACAGGGAGUUCAAAGCAGCAUAGUUUAAUCUUACAUGAAUUGUGCAUUGAGCAAGAUGUGGUGCAGCUCAGUUUAGAAGCAGAUUGGUUGGAGAGUGAUUACAGCAGGUUAUUUCUGUGAAUAUGUUUCCCUCCAGUUGUACAUUCUGAGAGUAGCUGUGAAACUGAGUCUCAAUGUAUUUUGUAAGUAUGGAAUGUCUCCUUAUUUGUAAACUUGUUUCUCUUACAUAUUUGAAGAAAUUGAUCUUUGCCAUAAAAAUGGAAAUGCAUGCUUGCUUUCUGACUGUAAUUCUGUCAGGUAAGGCCCCAGUGCCUCUGUGUAUUCCUGUGAUACUCUGACAGCUGUGCUUGAGCAGCAGACACUUUGGACUGCACAGCCUGCCCAGCCCGUUGCUGCCGGGCUGUGCUGUGGCUCUCAUGAACGAUCAGCACAGCCUCCUCCUGUGCAGGAACGGGGCUGCUGAGUUCUGCUCUACCACCUCUCACAGAUCUCAGAGGGGAAAGUCAGCCCACGCAGGCCUCUGGAGCAGACUUGGGUCAGUGCCCCAGGGAGCCUGAGGGCUGGAGAGUGCUGCUCUCUGCUGCUGACCAUACCUGAGAGGAGGUUCCCUCCUGCUGCCUAUGGGGCACUGCAGUUAGCGUGCCAGCCCCGGCAGAAAGCUGACCUGCUUGGCUGCAGCCUUUCCUGUAACCUAGCUGGUAUUAGGUGUUGGGUUUAACAGUCUGUACAUGGCACACACGUUCUGGGUAUUUCUGAGUUGGAUGGGGUCUGUGAUUCCUUGUGUUUCUUAUCAGAGUGUAUUUUUCUGUUCUGGAGUGCUCCUUUGGAUCAGAAUAAAAGAUUGGAGAAACCCCA